CGACGAUGCCUGUUAAUUUCACAGAAACCCCGCUGUCCCAUAUUAAGAUUCUAUCUCAUAAUAGGAGACCUUCCUCUAUAUUAAUUAGGGUAAAGAUAGGCCAUAAUAAUGAAAACCAUGACCAUUCCAAUGCCUCAACGGGACAUUCGAGCUCUUCCUAUUUUUUUUUACACGCCCAUACAGCACCGAAAGAUUGCAGAAACAUUGCGUACACCUUUCACUGCAACAUUGUGACAUUGCGUGGAGCUUGCGAAAUGUUUCAGCAACGUUGUUGCAAGCCUGAAGCAACAUUGAAGUGUCCUCCCUCAGACGUAUUACAAUGUAACAUUGCAGUAAUGGCGCGGUGCAAUGUAUUUGUAAUAUUGAUUUCAUUAUACGUCAUUUAUAUAAAUACGCAGGAUGCUUAUGAUUUUAAUAGGUUGUUCGGAAAGUUUGUUUUAAAUUUCCUAUAUAUGUAUUUAUAAUAGAUAGGAAAUUUGAAACAAACUUUCCGAACAACCUAACAAAUAAAAUUUGCGAAUGUAAAGACACCCAAGAGAUAUGUAAGAAAAAAUUUCAACAAUUUUUCUUAUCGCUUUUAGAUGCCUAUUAUAUUGUAUAUUCUCAAACUUCAUCUAUUAAAAUCUGAAGUACCCUACCAUGUAGUAAUAUCGGAAAUCACGAGACUAUUAGGCGUUGCUAUACAUGCUAUUAGGCUGCGUUUGGAAUACAUGAGAAAUAAUAUAAAUUUGAAAAAUCCAAAUAAUAUAAUACGUUACAGAUAUAUUUUGCAAACUUUAUAAUAUUUCUACAAGGUUACUGAAACGUUGUUGGCGAAAUGUUACAAUUGAAUGUCUCCGAACCGUCUGUGCAAUAUUACAUUGUAAUUUGCAAUGUUUCUGAAAUGUUUCUGAAAGCUUUGGUGCUGUAUGGGCGUUGAAAGAUCUUUGUAAAUAACGCAAGGUCUUGAAUGCAAGUGGAAAGAAUCUUAGCGAAACAAUUAAUAUAUCGAUAAUCACGGAAGAAGUUACGAGUUAAGUGAUGUGUUGACCACUGUGUGUCAAUCAUCAUUUCAUCUGCUAGGCAGAUAUACGUGAAUAGAAGGUGCGUGUAAGUUUAAACAGACAUGUAUGCGUUUGUUCGAACGAAAAUUAGAAUUGUCUGAUCAUCUGGAAAAAGUGUCGCUGCGAUUGUACGCGAGACGUUAGGAAACCAUGUAAAAACAUUCGUGCGCAUUGUGAGGAUUUUCCGAGGAAAAACUAGAAGCGGAGCGCAAUAACGGAAAUCGCACUGUUGUACCUUCCGACUUUCGCCAUUUAGUAAGCACUUAAUAUAAUUCGCGGGGACGAGAGCGCCCGUUGGGGGAAGCACAAAGGGCGGUGGUAAACGGAUCUUGCCAAGAGUUAUCCUACAUUACGAGUCACAAAUGAUUCAUAUUGUAUUUUUUUGUUAAGAAUAUUGUUACGUUGUUGAGAGAUUCUAUCGCAAUAUAUUGUUUAAUAUAGAAGCGAGAGAGGAGCUUCCUUGCGGCGCGUACACUCGGCCCGUCCCUUUAUUUCCUUAUUUAUGCGCGGGGGAGAUUGCCUUAGAAAAAUAGCGAAUGCGCCGUAAAUCGUUUUAUCCGCGAGCGCUUUGCGGAUAGAGAAGAUAAGACGGAUAUAGAAGCCCCCGCCGCGCCACGGGGUGAGAGAUCGGUGUGUGUACGCGCGUCGAUCGUCCCGGUAAAUCGUGAUAACGUACGGCCGCGUUGUCGCGCGCGGCCGCGCCGGGAUAAAUACGUCUCGCCGGCGUAAGGGAGAUCGCGCGUCCGGCGGAGGACCUUUCGGCGCAAUCGCACGUGCCCCGACGGAGCGGGCCGCACGGCGCCACCGUGCCAGGAUCUCCGAGCUUUUUCCCAUCCCCCGCGAGGAGCGAAACUCAGUGUUCGGCCCGCAACCGUGUCGCACCGCCCCCGGCCGCUUCGACGCUCCGUGCGAUCGCGGUCGCGCGUCGCGUGGAGAUCGUGAGAGGACGAGAGAGCGUGCUGUCGCUGGAGCGAUCGCUCGCGAGGAUCGCCGUGCGAUCUCGUCCGAUGCAAUGUUUAGCCGUCGUGAUUUCGGAUAAUUAAAUUGUAAUAAAAAAGCGCGAGGGAGAUUAUGCUCGGAGCGGUUUUCCGGUACCGCGAGACAAGCGGAAACGAUCUCGGCUCGCGGUAAGGCGGCGAGCGAGGGCACGCGGGCGCGAGCAGCAGUGAUUACGGGCAUUAUGCCAACGAUCGGCGUGAUCCCGCGGGUGUUUGACGAAGGGCCGCGAAUAGAGAGCGAUCGGUUGGAUCGGACGGUGGUGGGUAGGUCGCAGUCGGGCGCGGAGCGGCGCGUCAAUUAGAUCGAGAGAUGUGCGCCGAGUGAAAGAUGGCCCCGUUCCACGGCAUGGCCCUGCUGCUCCUGGGAAUCGGAUACCUGUUACACGCGGAACCACUUCACACCGAGCGCGGCAUCGCGCUCGUUCAUCUCAACGGCGACACGUUCGGCAAAGGGGAGAAGUCGCAGCGCGGCACGAAGAAGACCGCGUCCUUUUCCAAAGACACGUCGCAAAAAUUAACGGUGGCCAUCGGGCAGACCGCCGUCCUGUUUUGCCGUGUUAAAAACCUCGGAAACAAAACUGUGUCUUGGAUCCGAAAAAGGGACCUACACAUCCUGACGUCCAUGUCGGUGACUUACACGAGCGACGCGAGAUUUACGGUAGUCGGCAAUCCGGAGACCGACGACUGGAAUCUGCGAAUAGAUUACGUGCAACCGCGGGACGCCGGCAUUUACGAGUGUCAGGUUAAUACAGAACCGAAGAUAUAUAGAGCCGUGGCGCUGAAGGUUUUGGAUAUACAGGCGAAGAUCACGGGUUCCCAGGAGCUAUACAUCAGGAAGGGCAGCACAAUCAGCCUGACCUGCAUCAUAGAGCUGCAGGAUCUGCCCCCGAGCAACGUGACCUGGUACCACGCUGGUGUGGUGAUCGAUUUCGACGGUCCAAGGGGUGGCGUAUCGCUGGAGACGGAGAAGGGUAAGGGCGGCACCACCAGCAAGCUCCUAAUAACGCGUGCUCAACUUAACGAUAGCGGUAAUUAUACAUGCGCUUCGAGCAAAGUCACCCCGGCGAGCGUCAUGGUGCACGUGCUGAACGGCGAGCAUCCCGCCGCGAUGCAGCACGGCGGCACCGGCGAUGUAAAUAGGAGACUCGUCCUGCUCGUCCUGAUUUUCCUCGUCGAUACCAUGUUCCGGUGAGCGACGCGCCGCCAAUCUCUUGCGAAUUCCUCCCGAAUUCGCUUCCCUGAGGCGCUCGCACGGACGCGCGCCCACGGAUGGAAAGGGGGUCGAUGACACCGUGUUGUCCGGCGUAUCAUUUUGCAGUACGCGGCCGUUCUUUCUUCCCCUCUCUUGUGGACGUUUCGCGCGCGCGAUCGUUAACGUUGCGCGCGUUAACGCUCACUCGGAAUCACUUGUUUCACGGAUUUUUAUCAGCUCGGACCCCUCGAACUCUAAAUAACGACUCGCUCAAGUACCCCUGCCCCUGCAGAUGUCAGUACGGAUGUAACGUGUAUGUAAUGUAAUAAAUCUUUUGGAG